AUGACCGAAGCACCGAAGGAGGCCAAGAAGCUAUGGGGCGGCCGUUUCCGCGGCAACGUGGACCCUGUCAUGAACAAGUUCAACGAGUCGCUGUCCGUGGACAAGCGCAUGUGGCGCGUGGACUUGGACGGCAGCCAGGCCUACGCUCGCGCUCUGGAGAAGAGCGGUGUGCUCACGACGGCCGAAGCGGACGAGAUCGUGGAUGGCCUGGACAAGGUCGGUGAGGAGUGGGCGGCCGGCACCUUCCAGCCCAAGGAUGGUGACGAGGAUAUCCACACGGCCAACGAGCGUCGUCUUACAGAGCUCAUUGGCGCAGUGGGCGGCAAGCUGCACACUGGCCGCAGCCGCAAUGACCAAGUGGCCACGGAUGUGCGUCUGUACCUGAAGCGCACCAUCGUGGGCAUCCAGGACGGCCUGAAAGAGCUUAUCGGCACGGCCAACCAGUUGGCCGAGAACAACAUCGACCUGCUCAUGCCUGGCUUCACGCACCUGCAGCCGGCCCAGCCGCUGCGCUUCUCGCACUGGGUACUGAGCCACGGGGCCGCACUGCUGCGUGAUGCCGACCGUCUGGCCGACCUCACCAAGCGCGUGGACUACAUGCCGCUGGGCAACGGCGCACUGGCCGGUAACUCGUUCGGCCUCGACCGUGAGGCUCUGGCCAAGUCUCUGGGCUUUGCUAACGUGACGCCCAACAGCCUGGACGGCGUGUGCGACCGCGACUUCAUCGCCGAGUUCCUUUUCUGGGCCUCCAUGUUCAUGGUGCACCUGUCGCAGCUGUCGGAGGACCUCAUUAUCUACAACACGCUCAAGUUCGUGACCAUGGCCGACGCCUACAGCACCGGCAGCUCGCUCAUGCCGCAGAAGAAGAACCCGGACGCACUUGAGCUGCUGCGUGGCAAGAGCGGCACUGUCAUUGGCCGUCUCAACGGCUUCCUGGUGACGCUCAAGGGCCUGCCGCGCUCGUACAACAAGGAUCUGCAGGAGGACAAGACGGCGCUGUUCGACGUCGUGGACACCAUCCAGGACUGCCUCCAGAUCGCCACUGGCGUGCUGGCCACUAUGACUCCGCAUGGCGACAAGAUGCGCAGCUUCCUGGUCACCGAGAUGCUGGCCACGGACCUGGCCGAGUACUUGGUGCGCAAGGGCGUGCCUUUCCGUGAGACCCACCACGUGGCCGGCGCGGCCGUGCGUCUGGCCGAGGACAAGAGCAAGGCUCUGAGCGCACUCACGUUCGAGGAGUUGUCCACGCUGCACGCCAAGUUCGAGGAGGACGUGCUGGAAGUCUGGAACUUUGACGUCAGCGUCGAGCGCAAGAACGUCACGGGCGGCACCAGCAAAAGCGCCGUGCAGAAGCAGAUUGCCGACAUCAAGACGUGGCUCACCUAG